UGAGCCUGGAGACCCUCCUUAUCCUUUUCCUCUCUCUCUGUCUGUGCUCACCCCUCGUGCCAGAAUUACAUGCGCCUCUCGUUCUUUUCUCUUCCCUUCCCCACCUUAUCCACUUCUCUCACCACUCACUCCCAUUUAUUAUUUCGCCCUAUUUAAUCUCAUUAACAACUCUAAAAAGAAAAAGGAAAAAUUCUUAGGAAUAUUUAUUAUCAAACUGAUAGAUAUAUAUAUGAAAAAGUCGAAAUAGAAGAAACGCGCUUUUCUUAUUUUAUUUCCCUCCCUUCUUCGCCCUAUCCCAACGACCGAUCCAUCGUCAAACCCCAACAACGCUGAUAAAAAAAAUAGCGAAAACGGAUCGAGAAUAAUAGAAAAAAUUCCCAAAAAAACCAUAUUAAAUUCAUCGGAAUAAGAAUGCCUACGCCGGCGACCACCGCCGCCGCCGCCGCUGCCGCCGCGGCGGCGGCGCUUGCUUCCUCCUCCGUCCUCCUCUGCCGCUACCCUCCUCUUCGGCGCCCUCCGAUCCCUCCCUUCCCCCGCGUCGCCGCUUCUCGAAGGCGCGUAGCGUGCCAGGUCGCCGUCACCAGCGACGUCUCGUCGUCGGAGGCGGCGGCGGUGGCGGAGGAGGAGGCGGCGGCGGCGGCGAAGAUCGGGCGGAGGAUCCGCGUGAAGGCGCCGCUCAGGGUGUACCACGUGGCGAAGGCGCCGGAUCUGGAUCUGGGCGGGAUGGAGGGGACGAUCAAGCAGUACGUCGGCGUGUGGAAGGGGAAGCGCAUCAGCGCCAAUCUCCCCUUCAAGGUCGAGUUCCUGAUCCGAAUCGACGGCCAGGAUAGGCCCGUCAAGUUCUUCGCCCACCUCCGGGAGGACGAGUUCGAGUACGUGCCCUCCUCCGAUGGCCCUAAUUGAGAUCGCCCUUUUUGGGGUUUGUAUCGGUGAGAUCGGGGAACAAACCCUAGCUCCUCCUCCUCCUCUUCCUCUGCAUAUUCAUAUCCUGUUUUUAUUUACAUAAUAAAUGGUCGCUGUACUUGUAUAUUAUUUGAUAGGCUGCGAAAUUUAAGAAAAAGCCUGCUAGUUCUCUUAUUGGC